AUGUAUUCCACUGUCGGACCCCUUAACAAUAAGAACCUUUCCGAGGCUCUUCUCCCUGCCGCAGAGUAUAAUGCGCUCCCGCACAUCCACAGCUGCAAGCUCGAGCCCCUGAAGCACCGCGAGGCCCAUGCUGCCCUGCUCAACUUGAUUGCCAAGAACGACCUCAACCAUGUCUUCUCGAUCCACCUAAUCCACAAGCACUUUGACUGCCACGAGGGUCAUGUUAUGGUCUAUGAGAAGGUCGCAGCCAAGACCCAGGGCCUCCGCGGCCUCUACUUCAUGGCCAACGCUGAGGGUAAGAUGAUUGCCUACGAGUAUACAACUGAGCCCGCCAAGGACCUCUCGGCUUACGAGGACGUGGUCGCCGACUUUGCCACCAUUGCCAACCACUAUGGUGUCGGCCACAUCUUCUGCCUGGGCGCUGAGGGUAUCAGCAGCGUCGAGAACCCGCAGGCCGAGUUCGAGAUGGCGGCCCUGUCUUCGACCGUCGUGGUCGACGCCAACUCCCUACCUGGCAUCAACGACUUGCCUUACACUGCCACUGACUGGAAGCCCGCCCCCGAGCAGCAGCAGAAGAAGACCGUCGGCGGAACUGGUGAGCUUGGCGGUACCAUCUACCCCGAGGUUCCCGGUCUUCUCACACUCAAGUGUAUCGAGAGCCGCUCCGGCAAGCACUGCGAGCACGGUAUUUUCGGCGGCCCACUCGUCGAGCAGCGCCAGCAGGCCACAUCCAUCGGCGGCACCGGCCGGGCCGGCGACACCAUCUACCCCGAGGUGCCUGGUCUUCUUACGCUGAAGUGCAUCGAGAGCCGCUCUGGAAAGCACUGUGAGCACGGCAUCUUUGGCGGCCCGAUGGUCGAAAAGGCGUCCCCUGGCGGCAAUGGCCGUGUUGAGGGUGUCCCCUAUGUCGAGGAACGCCAGAGCAUGCCUGGCAUGUCGCACAAGAUUGGGGCCAGCGGCGUCGUUGUCAACCCCCGCGUCCAGGUCGGUGGUAUCCCUGCUGGUGAUGACUCUGUCAUUCACGAUGUCCUGUACCGCGCUGUUGCAGCGAUCCAGGCUGGCAAUGCUUAG